UUCAGAUUUACGCCGUUAAUUGUGGGAUAAUUUUGACACUACUUGUUGUUUGUUUUUCACAUAAAAAAAAAGGAUAAAGUGUUUUGUGCCACUUGAAAAUAAGUUUUACACUGUUCAUAAAGUUCAGUAUUAAAACUGUCUCUUAACGACAUACUAAAAAAAAAAAUCUGAAUGGACACUAAUAAAAUGACAAGUGAACCUAACCAUCAAAAUCCCCCUUCUAUUUUCGGUUUUGACCCAUAUCCACCACCCUACCCGGUAAACUGGAAUAAUUCAAAUCCAUUCAGCAACACUGAAUUUCGUAUUCCCGACAUCCAACCUCAGACGUACCCGAAUGUUUCAAUCACUCCAGCGAUUUCCAAUGUUCCUGCCCAAGUCCCCCAAAUGAACUUUAUGAUGAAUGCUUCCAUCCCCAGUCAAGUACAAACUGUCGGAAUGGUUCCUUCAAUGCAUCCGGGGAGUAGUUUUUCCUUUGGGGGUCCGAGACCUGUGCAAGAUGUUGUACAGUUUCCAUUUCAAAUAACGAACAAUGCUUUUGGGCAAAGAGAGUUCAGGUGUAAGCGGAAAACUGACUCACCACCUUUGCAGCCCACCAAACAACACAUUACCGAAGAAAAAAUGGUGGAACACAUGUCGAACCUUCACAUAAAUUCGGAAUCUUCCUCUUCCAAAGAAUCCGAGUCGAGCCGCACGAAACGUCUAUACAUGUGCCAGGAAAUGAGAAAAUUCAAGACGGAUCCCAUCCUUCCCCAAUGCCUGCUCAACAGAAUCCAACAGCCGUGCACAGCUCUUGUGCUGUGGAAACCCCCUAUGAGGCUCAUUCCAACAGAGGAUGUGACAAGUGACGAUGAGAAUUUGAACAAUAAUACCGAAAGUGUGAACCUUAUGGCAGCAGAUGGGGAAAUUGAUGUCGACAAAGAGGUCAGCGAGAAUGUAAUGGAUUUGGAUAAUUGUUGAUGUGCUGUUGGUCCUUUUCGAGUUUUUAAGACUGAACUAUGAGAUAAUUUUUUUUCUCAACGAUUAUGCAUUUUGAGAUGUACAAGUAAGAAAUCUGAUUUCUACUUUUUCGUUUUUUUUAGUAAUACAUGAAAGCUGUUUAUAAGAUCCAAAGUUUGCAGAUAUCUUGAAUUAUAUCGAUUUUGAUGAAUUUCAACAAAGAAAAAAUAUAAGUGAUUUGCUUGAACUUCUUGACCAGGCAAUUCACAGACACAGUUAACAAAUACACAUAAUUUUUGAACAGUAAAAUAAUACACUAUUCGUUAUUUUGACUUCAACUGAUAUAUUCAGUGGUAUUAAAGAGAAAAUCUAAUGAAACUUGAAGGUAUUAGAUAUGUGAAUGCAUUAGAUUGAUCUGAUUCAUCGAAUUACCCCUUAAACUUUUACUUCGAGCAGUUAUUGUGUUUUUUAUAUAUAAUUUGUGAUAAGUUUUUCCUUUUACUGUUAUUCAUUCAACUGCCAGAAAGUUAUUUAGAAAUAGUUCUUAUUACUGAUUCAUUUUAAUUAAAAGUUGCUGAAAAUA